AUGAUUCCACCGGUUAUAGAUGCUAGGGUAGCACCACCUCCCGUUGGGUGCCGGGCAAGGGGUGAGCAAGGAUCGGUCGGAAUCGACCAAGCUCUAGAUGCUAUGCGGGAGAUGAUGGGGCAACAGGCCCGAGAUCAGACUGCCGCCUUUACUGCCGCUGUUGGAGCCGCCGCCACUGCCGCUGCCAAUGCUGCCGUUGCUGCCGCUGUACCUGUCGCUGCACCUGCCGCAGCUCAAGCUGAAGGUCCACCCGGAAUAGUGGUCGGGAACAGACCAAUUCAUCAGUUGGUAGAACAAUUUCUGAAGUUGAAUCCGCCUCAGUUUAUCGGGAUCGGAGACCCUGAAGCUGCUACUUCAUGGAUCAAGAAAUUGGAGAAAGCUUUCGCACUGCUAAUGUGCAAUGAGACUGAAAAGGUACUACUUGCAACUUACCAGCUGGAUGGAGUUGCGGAUACUUGGUGGAAGACAACCCGAGAAACCAUAUUCCCGGAAGGCGUUGUUCCAGAGUGGAACGCCUUUCGAGAAGCUUUUAAUGUCAAAUAUUUCUCAGAAACUGCCAAAGAGGUGAAGAUGGCAGAAUUUCAACGUCUUCGCCAGGGUUCCCUAACUGUCGAUCAAUAUGAGGCGAAGUUCGCUGAACUUUCGCAGUAUGCUCCUGAAUUAAUUGCGAAUCCAGUAAACCGAGCGAGGAGGUUCAGAGAAGGAUUCAAGCCAGACUUACGAAGUACGUUGAUUUCCCUGAACCUGAGAACUUAUAAUGACCUUUAUGAGAGAGCCCAGAUGAUCGAGAGAGAUCAGAAUGAGAGAGCCGCCUCAUCUGGGUCACGGUUUAAUUCCAGCAGAGAUGCAAUACGACAUGGAAAGAGGCCCAUGGUUGGAGGAAGAUUCCGAUUCCACCCAAUAGAAAGAGUGGAAUUAGCAAGUUUGGGCCUAACUGUAAUGGAGUAUGUCACUGGUGUGGAAGGCGACAUGGAUUUGCCCCAUGCCAAUCUAGGCUGGGCACUUGUUUUAAGUGUGGUUAACUGGGUCACAUGGCCAGGAAUUGUCCGAGAAGGAUAA